UUAGGUACGGAGUGCUGCAGUUUUCGAGAUUUCCUCUCUUUUCUUGUUGUACUCAUUUUUUUCCUGGAUUCUAUCACUUUUCAUCCCGCGCACCCGUAAAUUUAGGUAUUUAUUGUCACCCUCUUGAAAAUGUCCUCGUCGUCCGAGUCGAGUUUUGACGAGCCCGAGGAGUGCACCGUGGCGAAUGUGGCGGUGCUGAACAAGUACAAAUUAGCCGGAGAAAUUGCUAACAAGGUCGUAAAGAGUGUGGUGGAGAAAUGCGCGGCGGAGCAGUCGGUGCGGGAGUUAUGCGAGGCGGCCGACGCCCUGAUCAUCGCGGAGACGUCGUUGAUUUUCAAGAAGGAGAAGGAGCUGCGCAAAGGUGUGGCCUUCCCCACGUGCAUUAGCGUCAACAACUGCGUCUGCCACUUUUCGCCCCUCAAGAACGACACGGACGUCGUGCUGAAGGACGGGGACCUCGUCAAAAUUGAUUUGGCCGUGCACAUUGACGGAUACAUCGCCAGUGUUGGAUAUUCACAUGUGGUUGGCGCUACGAAGGAGAACCCGGCGAGCGGACGGAAGGCGGACGUGAUCCGGGCGGCGUACACGGCCCUGGACGCCUCCAUGCGCCUCAUUAAGGGCGGCGUUGAUAACUUCAAAGUGACGGAGGUGAUCCAGAAGGCGGCGGAGGCGUUCCAGUGCAAGCCCAUCGAGGGCAUGCUCUCGCACCAGCUGUACCGCAACCAGUUCGAGGGCAAGAAGAGCAUCAUUCAGAACCCCAACGAGGCCCAAAAACGUGAGCACGAGAAGUCCGAGUUCGACGUGAACGAAGUGUACGCGCUGGACAUCCUGGUCAGCACGGGCGAGGGCAAGGCCAGGGAGGUGACGGCGCGCACCACCAUCUACCGCAAGACCGACUCCUCCUAUCCGCUCCGCAUGAAGACCUCCCGGGCUUUCUUCUCGGAAGUGGGCGCCAAGUACGACAUGAUGGGCUUCUGUCUGCGCUACUUCGAGGACGAGAAGAAGGCGCGGCUGGGCAUCGCCGAGUGCGUCAACCACGGCCUGCUGACGCCCUUCCCGGUGCUGUACGAGAAGGAGGGCGACCUGGUGGCGCAGUUCAAGUGCACCGUCGCCAUCACCGCCACCGGCCUCCAGAAGAUCUCCGGCUUCCCGCUCGACGUGGACGCCUACAAGUCCGACCACAAGAUCGCCGACGCCGACCUCAAGGAGGCGCUGAGCACGGGGACGAAGACGAACAAGAAGAAGAAGGCCAAGGCCAAGAAGGCGGCGGGCGAGGCGGCCAACGCGGCGAUCAUGGGCUUGAGCCUGAAGGAGAAGGACGGCCAGCCGCAGCCCAGCCAGGACGGAUCAUCGGCAGCGGAAGCGGCGGCGGGCGCGGGCGGAGAUCAGGCUAAGGAGACGAGCACCGCGGUGCGGGACGCCUAAAGGCCCGCCUCCCGCCCGUCAACGUGUCCAGUUGUAUUACCUUCUUUCCGCCGGACUCCAAACAAACUUUCCUUCACCACUGGCUCGGUUUCCCUGGGGACGGGACGACGUCCCACUUGUGUGGAUAGGCGCCACGCCCCGGCGUCCGGGGCGUGGCUGCUGAUGACGCUGGUUCUGGUUGUCGUAGACGAGCUGCGCUGUCCGCGUUGCGCGCGCGACUCGUGUUGGCUGACUUGUCGAUAGUCCGCGGCAGCGCCGAGCGCAGCUCUAGUUUUUUACUUGUUCUCUAACACACUGAUACGGCUCCUCUCUUCGAUCAUUUAACAAAAACAACAACUACCAACUGUUGAUCCGUU